CCCCCCCCCCCCCCCCCCCGUCAGCUGAGGGUCUCCACGAUACGGAAGAUAAGACCAUCACCCCAUCAAGGCCGGGCCUGAAGGCAUAGUCGUGAGAGACGACGAGUAUGCUACUUUUCCCCGAUGGCGACGUCAACGGUGACGACGCCAAACGCGACAAGCUCGCCGCCUUGCCCGAAGAGCUGCUCAUCGAGACGCUGAACCGCCUCUGCCACAGGGACCUCUGCAAUGUGUCGCGCCUGAACAAGCGCUACCAUAGGUUGGCCGACGCCGUCUUGUACAAGAGCGUUCACUUCCAGAGUCCGGAGCUUCAUCUCACGUUCAGCGAAUCGCUAGGCCGGCGGCCGCGUCGUGGUUCGGCUAUCAAUGAGGUGAAAUUGAUUUAUCCUAAUGAGGAGCUUUCGCGCCUGGCUCUCGACGCACCCGUCCACAACUCUCACUAUGACCCCACGCGGUCCGACACUCUUUCGCGCACACUUUCCGUAAUGUCAAAUUUGGAGAAACUCGACAUUGCUGUUCCUCACGUCCUCUUACAUGGCAUCGGCACCCUUUUCAAUGGACCGUUCGACUUGGCGUACCUCAAGGAGUGCACACUGUUCUACCAAUGCACCGAUGAUGCCUACUGGGACCUGCGAGAAAACAUCCACAUCUUUGCCCACCCCACGCUGGAGACUCUCAUCAUCAAACGAGCCAAACUCGACGAGAAAGGAUUCGACUUCAUGGAGCGCCCCCACGAGACGGGCCUGAAGAAGUUGCACCUGAUCGAAUGCGACAUUAACGAUGACGGACUUUCAGACCUCCUCGAAUUCCCAGAGGGCUUGGAAGAGUUUGUCAUGACGCAGACGGCAGAGCCGAAGCCCGAGCUGGAGGAGAGCUCGGACAACUUUGCCGACUACGUUCUCGCUCUCAACUCCCAGGCACACUCACUCAAGACGUUCACCAUUGACUCGCCAACGCUCGGCUGUCGCAAACCAUUGAGAAUGAGAGAAUUCGAGGCGCUCAAGAGUAUGAGGAUGAACUGGGACUACCAGCUCUUCGGCAAGACGUCCAAGAAGCCGCGCAUGCACUCGGUCGGUCUCCCGCCAGAGAUGGAGGUCCUGGAGUUCUUCAACGAGAUGGGCUCUGAUGAGGAGGUGAUGGACCUCCUCCUCUACACGAUUCAGACCAAGGAUGUUGUCGCCAAAGCCUGGAAGACCUUUGUGGUGCCCGAGAGCGAUGGCGGCGUUUCGCGCGAGAUCAAAGAAGCGUGUAGAGAGCACGGCUUGCAGCUGGAUAUCAUUGGAGCAUUCGACACGGACGGCGACGCUGACUAGAAAAAGAAGACUAGAAACAAAAGACCAAAGAGAGGAGGCAUGAAGACUUAGAGUACGAGAAGUCAAAGUAAAGACUGAGGAACAGCAAAUUAUACGUAGAAAAGUAUAAACGAAGAGUAGACGAAGAUUAGAUGACAAUAGACGAAUACCAAGACCUC